AUGCCUGGUGCUCUUCUGGCCCUCAGUGCCCCUUCUCAUGCUGAAGAGAUUAAUUCUUUAGGGAAUGCUAUUGCGCACCCAGAGGCAGAACAUAUUCCUUGGUGUUGGCCAGUCUGGCAACAGCGUACUAUGCUUAGCUCAACUCCCUUAUCAGCAAAGGUAAACGAGGACACUCCUGAUGUGUGGAGAUUCCCCGAGGUCCAUCAGGCUGUCUUGGCAUUUGCUCACAAUUUCUGGGCUGUUGAGGAGGCUACCCAGGUGGAUUACAUCAAAAAGGAUCGCGCUGAUAACGAUACCAAAGGUCGACAACAUUGGCUGGACUACUGCCAUACUAAUUGGUCCAGCUGGAAAAUAAACAGUACAGUUGAUACCGUACUGGCUGAACGGGGCCUGGAUCCAUAUUCAGUGAUGAAACGUCUCAAGAUGGUAAAUCUCCCAGAUCUUGCUACCUCACAGGUUGCCCUUGCCUACACUGGCCUAGCAGAGGCACUUUUUGGUCCUGAAUCUUUUACAGAAGAUGGCAUUGCACUUAAGGAGCCAGUCCGGCGCUUCCUGGAUGCCCUUGUAGCUCACCAUUGGGCAAAGAACAGAAAGUCUAUUGGACGGGAAAGAAGUAAACUUGGAAAUUUAAAGACUAAAGUAGACAAAAUGUGGAAAGAAUUCUUGUCCUUGGCAGAGCAAAGGGAAUGUUUGGACGCUGAAGAUAUUAGAACCUGGCUCAAGGAUGUAGAUGGACUUACAAAAGUUCUGAGACGAUAUGGAGAUCAGAAGUCACUGAAGCAACUUUCCGAGCAGCAAGAAAUGCUGAGUGACCUUCUUCAAGGCUUAGGAAUAGAUGUGAAGGGUGGAAGUUCACAACGUCUGCCUAAGCCACUGCGUCAAGCACUUUCAUUCCUUGCUACUCAACAGGAUAUAACUCUUCUCACUGCAUCCAUUCAAGACCAGUUGAAACUUUGCGAUCCCAAUGCCAUGCCAGAAGAAUCGAUCCCGGAAUUUGACCCUGAUACCACCAGCAACUGCGACUUUCAGUGGUCAGAGGGUGUAGAAGAAUACAAUCAUCUGUCUGAGGACGACCUUUGGACUAUACUUGGGCUUCCAGAAAAGCAAAUUCCGUUCUUUAACCUUUUGCAAGACUCCUAUGGCAAUUAUGACCCCUGGACCGAGGACGGUCAAACCUGGCUGAAAGAAAAUGGGGAACCUCUGGCUCUCCGCUGGCACCAGCUAGUUGGUCUGGUAAAGAUGGUCAAGAACGCAUUUUGUGAAAUGCCCGUACUGCUCAUGGAUGAAGUGGGCUUAGGUAAAACCAUCCAAGUCACAGCCUUAAUCGCAGUACUUUCUUUCUAUCGUGAAUAUUAUUCUAUGCACAACUGCUUUCCGGGUAAAAUAGCUGCAAAGCAGUGGAGGAGCACCACUUCAAACAUUCCAAAUCUUCCAGUGAUGAUUGUUAUUCCAGCAAGUCUAGUGUCCCAAUUUACAGCAGAGUUGCACCGAUAUCUUCAACGGGGUGCUUUUGAUAUUCUACCUUAUCUGACCACUUGGAGCAGUCGACGAACCUGGUGGGAAGAUAUAUGGAGUAGGUCAAAGCAGCCAGAAGGACGGCGGAUUGUCAUCACUACUCCAAAGGCUUUAGAAUCAGACUGUGACCGUAUUUUUGAGACCAACAACUCCGCCCCAACAAAACAUCCACGGCAGAAGAUCAACUAUACUAUGGAUGUGUCCAGCACAGCUUAUGGGCGAGAUUUCUUGUUGGGCUUGGUAGAUGAAGCUCAUAACUACAGAAAUAUCAAAAAGGCUUACUGGGCCAUAUUUUGCCUUCGCCUGCUAUGUCAAGCCAUGGUGGCUAUGACAGCUACACCUAUUACCUCUCGGCCUCUUGAUGUAUGGAAUAUUGGAAGAUGCCUGGGUUUAGAGCUAUUUGACAGCUCUCAUGAUGAGGAGGCUUCGAAGAUGGUUUCUCAGCUACGUGCUGCUGCUGCCAAGGAUCGUAAACGCUUCAAAAAAGGCAAUCGCAUUGCCAAGAUAAUUAUAGGAACAGUAAAGGGCAAUUCCGAUGCCGAGGUUCCUAGUCUGUACCGUGGUGAGAUGCUCACUUGGAUCAACAUCAUCCGAGAGAGAUUUUCAGGCAUUGUCAUACGGCGCACUAUUUUGUCUGUUGACUAUGGUGGCACCAGAAUUUCAGGCUUAGCUCCAUUUCAAGAGCAUAAUCUGCUUAUAAAGCUAUACAAACACGAGUUAGAUAAUCUGGAGUGCAUUGCCGAUAAUUUAGUUCAGCAAGGUGGUGCUAAAGCAGCAAAGUAUGCUUCUGGCUCGGAUUUCUAUAUGUGCGUCCGAAGGGCUUUAUUGCACCCUAGCUGCAAUGCAGGAUAUCCAUGGAAAAAUCCCUCCAAUUUGGAUGAGUGGAAGCAGGACCCAUCCCGUAAACUUGAUGUUCUUGCACAAGUAAUUCGCUGGCAUCAGGAGCAUGAUGGACGUCCACCUCUACGUGUUGUGGAUGACAUGCUAGUAGCAUCAUCUACUAAUGUUACUGUUGAUGUUGUAGAUGCUAUGCCCUGUGACAAAAUAGUGGUCUACUGUGCAUUCCCUUCCAGCUAUACGCAGGUGCUAAAGGUUCUGGAACUCAAUGAUAUUCAAACUUUGCAGAUCCAUGGCAAGUUGUCAACCUCCACCAGAACUAAUAUCAUUGCGCAAUUCAAAAACAGUAGACGGGAUGGUCCUCGUGUUUUGAUAAUUUCCAAUUAUUUUCUUUUCUUUUCACAUAUUCUCCUACCCUCUAUGCUUAUACAUCCUCACAUACAGGAUUCUCUGUGGUCUGCCACUGAUGAAGGACAACUGAUUGGACCUGAUACCCAGGAUGUCUUUCUGAAUAACAUCUCCUUCAGUAAAGCUGCCAUCCUUGAUGCAUUCACAGGAGCAACACCCAGUUUACGCUCUUUGUUCAAUCAUGAUGAAGAAGUGGAGGAAAUGGGUACACUUUCUGAGAUUGAUGAAGUUCCUUUGAAGAAGGGAAAAGCUAAGUCAAAGGCACCAAAAGCUAGCUCCUCUCAAAAGAAAAAAUCUGGAGAUAAGAAAGCUAGAACAAAGUCUCUAGCCCUUCCUAGCAAUGAGCGUAAUGAUUCUCAGGAGCUUCAAGUCCAGAAUCACUCUGGCUCAGCAGCUUCUUCCAAACAGAAGUUUCCACCUGCUCCCAACUCAAUUGAGGAGGCUGAGAGGGGAGAUAUUAGGCAGUUGGACAAUCAGGUCAUAAUCACACAGACUAGCCCAGAAGAACGCGAGCAGACUGAUACUGCACAAGUUAAUGCAUCCCAGAGAUGUGAAGGCUCCCCAGUUACUUCAUCUCUUAAGCGCACAGCUGAUUCUAGUCUUGAGAAUCCCUUAUCAAAAGUUUCAAAAUCAACAUCUGGGGAUGAUUGUGAUGUUUCUACAUUUCUUGCAGAUAUGCAGCAGCAUGGCAUAGGAGUUGAGCGAUUAUAUGCUUUCCUUAAAUUGCUACCUAGUUCAUCUUCCCAGACCCCAGACCAUCCAUUGGCAUCUUUUGUUCCAGGUUUAAGCAGUGCUGGGGAACUGUCAACACCUGCUCCAUUGAACCCUACUAGUGCCAAAAAGUAG